AUGGCUCUGUUACAGUACAAGUUCCCAUUCUACCCGUCGGGUACUACUACUAGUAGACUUACAGUGAGAUCUACAUCGAGUCAACGCCGAGAUCACCACACGGUAGGUGAUGACGACGACCUCGCCGCUAUGAUACACCCAAAGAGUAUAUUCCGAGCGGAUAGAAAGACCGUGCCUUCACUGAUAGGAAUGCUUAGUAGUACUUACUAUGACUCCUAUGAGGCUGCCAAUCAGAGUACUGCAUUAGCAUCAAGAAAGCUGCAGAAGAACCUGAAGAGUCUGUUGGCGGGCGCUGCCGUUGCAUUCGGCCAUCGCGGCAAACCGGGGAAACAAGCCCUGUGUGUCACAGACCCAUGCAACCCUCCAGGCUCCCUCCGCUGUGACCAACUGGUAAGGUAUGGUACAAACAUACCGUAUUGUAUGUAUCAGACUGGAAAUCAAUUUCAUCCGUAA